GGGCAGCGCGGGGUCCUCAGCUACACUUGCAUGGAGGAGUAAACAAACGGUGAAGGUCAGAAUGUUCCAGAAAAUGCUCAAUAAGUUCGUCGGAGCCAAGAACAUUGGGAUUUUAAGAACGUGGGUACCAAACAUGGUCGCCUGGGGGUCAUUGGGCGGCGUGGCGCUUGUCCACUUCACAGACUGGCGAUUAUUCCUUGACUAUGUGCCAUACAUUAAGGGGAAGUUCAACAAGGAUGAGUGAAGUCUUUUUUUCCCCCAAUCAAUUAGUCUUAUGGCCUGAGGGAAGAAGCGUUUACAGAACCUGGAGGUUCUGCUACGGAAUCUCUUUCCGGAGUCCAGCAGUGAAACCAGUCCUUGGUGGGGGUGGGCGGAGUCUGCAGAUUUUCUGAGUCCUGGUCAGGCAGCGGCUUUUUGCGAUCUCCUUCAUAGGAGGAAGAGGAGUCCUGAUGAUUUUUUUCCCCCGUCCUCACCACUCUCUGCAGAUACUUCCAGUCUGAGGCACUGCAGGCUCCAGUCCAGACAGAGAUGCAGUGGGCUCUCUAUAGUGCUUUUGCAAACAAAAUAAAUAAACAUGUGAAUACCAAA